CAAACUAAACAGAUUCUGCCUCACUCUAUUUGAUUCACAAUGACAACUAAAGCUAGUGUUUGGCGAAGGCUAGUUACUUGCUUAUCCUCUCUUAAGUUCUACUUGAACGUCUUGUGCCUCGUUGUCACUGUUUUUGUUCUUCUCCAAAUCUGUUCAUUUCAAAUUACUCAACGUUCUCUUUCACUCCCUCCUGCACUCUUGACGUAUCUGAAACACAAUCAUGAAGAAGUAUCAGAGAACAAGACGGCUUCCUUGGUGGAGAAGCUACGUGAAUCCGUGACAUUCCUUCCACUCAAAGACUAUCGUUUUUCGAACAAACCACUUGAAGGUCAUACUUGGUUCAUGAGCUCUCUCUAUGAUAAUCAAACCAAAGGUGAGGCUCAGUAUCAAGAAUUUCCUUCAGAUUCUUCGAAAGGAAGGCUUUUGUGUUUGAAAGGGGUUGAUGAACAUGAUGGGUCAUGGAACUCCUACGCGCUGGCUUGGCCUGAAGCUCUUCCUACCAAUGCCAUUCUUCAGGAUGGCUUGACGUUUGUCUCUUACAAUCAAUAUGAUUAUGGUAACUUGUGGCAUGGACUAACGGCAGUAGUUCCAUUUAUUGCUUGGAGCUUAAGAAAUCAAUGUGAAAAGCCUCAAAAAUGGGUUUUAUACCACUGGGGAGAACUAAGGUUCGGAAUGGGGCAUUGGCUGAGCGAGAUAGUCACAGCCACUUACGGUCAAGAACCGGACUUUUUACGGUUUGUUGAUGAUGAUAAGCCUGUUUGUUUCGAGAAGGCGGUUGUUAUGAGACAUAAUGAAGGUGGAAUGUCAAGGGAGAGAAGAAUGGAAGCUUUUGAUCUCAUUAGAUGCAAAGCGAGGAAUUACUGUAAUAUCAGCUCAUCUGUGGCAUCAAAACCGCGAAUCGGUAUGACAUUACUAUUGAGAACCGGAGCCAGAUCUUUCAGAAAUGAAUCAAUGGUGAUUGAUGUCUUUAAGAAAGAGUGUAAGAGAGUAGAUGGGUGUGAAAUUAGUGUUUCAUAUUCGAAUAAUCUAUCAUUUUGUGAGCAAGUGGAGCUAAUGAAGAAGACCGAUGUGUUAGUGUCACCGCACGGUGCACAACUCACUAACUUGUUUCUAAUGGAUAAAAAUAGUAGUGUAAUGGAGUUUUUCCCCAAAGGAUGGCUUAAGCUUGCAGGAGUUGGCCAGCUUGUGUUCCAAUGGGGAGCUAAUUGGUCAGGGAUGAGACACGAAGGCUCUUGGCACGACCCGGUUGGCGAAAUAUGUCAAUUCCCCGAUACAGACAGGCGGUGUAUGUCCAUCUACAAGAACGCUAUGAUUGGAUACAAUGAGACUUAUUUUGGCGAGUGGGCAAGAAGAGUUUUGGGUAAGUUUAGCAUAAGAGAGAUGAAAGAGCUUGCAGAGUGCAACCACAGUAAUAGUUCAAUAUUAGAUGUAUGUAGUUGAUAUUCAAUGUAAAAUCUACAUUAUAACCAUAUGACAAUUUGAUGAGGCAGGGUCAGUUCUAAGUCUUAUGGAUUUGUUUUGUUGAUAC